AUGCUGUUGCCAUGGGAACUGUUAAUCCUCCUGUCACUCAAGGGCUGCCUUGCAGAGAGGAGUGUACUGCAUGGCCCUGUCUUCACCCAAGAACCGAGUGACAGCGUUUUCCCUUUGAACUCCGAUGACAGCAGAGUUUUCAUAAACUGUAAAGCCAAGGGAAACCCACCGCCGAGUUACAGAUGGAAAUUUAAUGGAGUCGACAUUGACAAAGACUUUGACUACAGCUUGAUGGAAGGGAACUUGCUAAUCAAUAGGCCUGACGCAACGCGGCACGGAGGUACCUACCAGUGUAUAGCCUCCAAUUCCCUGGGCACCGUCCUCAGCAGGGAGGCCAAGGUGCAGUUUGCAUAUCUACAGAAUUUCAGCAACAAGCCAAGGAGUGCCGUGUCUGUGAGAGAAGGUCAGGCUGUAGUGCUGCUGUGUGGCCCUCCGCCUCACUCAGGAGAGGUUACGUACUCUUGGAUUUUCAAUGGACACUCGAACCCCCUGCAGCAGGACAAUCGUCGCUUCGUCUCCCAGAAGACGGGCAACCUGUACAUUGCCAAAGUGGAGGCCUCGGACGUGGGAAACUACACCUGUGUGGUGAGGAAUCUGAUGACCAACACGACUGUGGUCAGCUCGCCUACGCCUGUGGUGCUGCGUAGCGACGCUGUUAUGGGAGAGUACGAGCCCAAGAUAGAAGUCCAGUUUGGAGACAACAUUCAUGUUGGCAAGGGAUCGUCGGUGAAGUUGGAAUGUUUCGCUCUGGGAAAUCCAGUGCCUGUGAUCACAUGGAGAAGAGCAGAUGGAAAUCCCUUUCCUGGCAAGAUCAAAAUCAACAGCUCCAACGGUGUCCUCGAAAUCCCAUAUUUCCGACCUGAAGAUGCCGGUGUGUACGAGUGCGUGGCGGAAAAUUCCCGAGGACGGAACGUGGCCAGAGGACACCUGGUUUUUCACGACGUUGAUCAUCUGCAAUGGGUUCAGACGUUGAGAGAUGCUUAUAUGUCCAUUGAGGCAGAUCUUUUCUGGGAAUGCAGAGCGAGUGGUAAGCCAAAGCCGUCAUACAGAUGGCUGAAGAACGGCAAGCUCCUGGCUCUGGAGGACAGAAUACAAAUAGAAGGUGGCAAAUUAGCCAUUUAUAACCUUGAUCUGAUGGAUUCUGGGAUGUACCAGUGCUUGGCAGAGAAUGAGCGAGGAGUCAUUUACGCCAGCGCUGAGCUCAAGGUUGUGGCCUCUCCACCAGAUUUCUCCAAGAGUCCGGUGAAGAAGUCCACUCUGGUCCAGAUAGGAGGGGAGGCAGUCAUUGAGUGUCAUCCCCAUGCGUCCCCAAGGGCAACCAUCUCAUGGCGGAAGGGUGGAGACUACCUGAAGGACAGCAGGAGGCAAAUGAUCAUGGAGGACGGUAGCCUGCGACUCACAAACGUCAGCAGAUCAGAUGGUGGGCGAUACACCUGCGUGGCCCAGAACCCCUUUGGGACAUCCAGCAGCAGCGGUUCACUUGUGGUUAAAGAAUCUACAAAGAUUGUUGUCCCCCCUCUGAACAUGGAUGCCACUGUGGGAGAGAGCAUUGUGCUCCCGUGUGAGGUGUCCAGAGAUCCCUCCCUGAGCCCCGUUUUCAGAUGGUUCUUCAACGGGAAGCCAGUCGAAGUAAACAAGCAAGAUCACUUUGAGAAGAUCGGAGGGGAUUCUGCCGGAGACCUGAUGAUCAGGAACGUUCAGCUGAAGCACGCAGGAAAGUACGUCUGCAUGGUCCACACUGUAGUGGACAGUGUGUCAGCAGCAGCUGACUUGAUUGUAAGAGGGCCUCCAGGUCCUCCCGAGGGCCUCACAGUGGAGAAGGUCACAGACACCACGGCUCAGCUCUCCUGGGCCUCCGGGCCUGAGAACCACAGCCCCGUCACUGCAUAUGUCGUGCAAGCGCGCACCCCGUAUUCAGUUGGCUGGCAGGCGGUCAAAACAGUUCCUGAUUCUGUGCCUGGACAGAUGUUGCAUGCCACUGCGGUUGAUUUGAACCCCUGGGUGUAUUACGAAUUCAGGGUGGUUGCGAUCAACAGCGUGGGUGUGGGUGAGCCUAGCGUGCCCUCCAGGGCGCUGCGCACGAGGGCAGCAGUGCCCCAAGUCGCACCCACCAACGUCAGUGGGGGUGGAGGAAAUCGAGGCGAGCUCGUCAUUGUAUGGGAGCCCGUACCAGAGGAGCAGCAGAAUGGGGAGGGAUUCGGGUAUGUUGUGGCCUUCCGUCCCAUUGGCACGACCACCUGGAUACAGACAGUAGUGGCUUCACCUGAUGCAUCAAGAUACACAUAUAAGAAUGACAGCAUCCCGCCUCUCACCCCAUUUGAGGUGAAAGUUGGUGUUUACAACAACAUAGGAGAAGGUCCUCAGAGUUCCGUGACCACUGUCUAUUCUGCUGAAGAAGAGCCCUCAAUGGCACCAUCCAGGGUGUGGGUGCGGACACUGUCUGCUUCUGAGAUCGAGGUGUACUGGGAGCCUGUCCCUUGGAAGACCAACGGUGGAAGAAUCCUUGGCUACGAGGUGCUCUUCUGGGAAGCGGGGGAACAGGAGAGUGAGGCAGAGAGAGUGAGAGUCGCCGAUACCACAGCCACCAUCUCCGCCCUGAAGGGCAGCACAACGUACAUAGUGGCAGUGAAGGCUCGCAACAGUGCCGGUGCGGGUCCUCAAAGUGCCCCGGUCAACGUAACCACCAAGAAGCCACCACCAAGUCAACCGCCCGGGAAUGUGGAGUGGAACUUGACCAACUCCAAGAUCUUUCUGAACUGGGAGCAUGUGAAAGCGCUGGAGAACGAAUCGGAGGUUACAGGGUAUAAGGUGGUGUAUCGGCAGGACUGGCACAGCCAUACCGGCGUGGUGGAGACGAACAGGACCUCAGUGGAGCUGCUGCUCCCAGCGGGCGACGGCUACCUCAUCGAGGUCAAGGCGCUGAGCGACGGGGGGGACGGCAGCAGCAGUGGCCCCAUCAGGAUCCCCAAAAUGUCCAGUCUUAAUUCCAAAGGACAUUUUAGCUCUUCUGUCAGCAAAAUAGAAUAUAUUUUCUCAGUUUCCCUUUUUGUAACAUCAGCACUGGUUUUUUAAACAGAAAUAAAUGGAAAAACUUCAAGAGGUCAUCUAUAACGUUAUCACCAUGCUUUAAUAUAGCGUAUCAUCACUAAAUAUUAUAGCAGCUUUUACAGAUUAGUUUUUUCAACAAUAUGGGCUGAAUCUUCACAGAAAACCUCCAUUGCCUUAUGCCUACGUGGGUUUUUGACUUUUCAUGAGGAGGUAGGCAGAAAGCGAAGGUCAUGUUUCUCCUAUGGCACUUAGGGGUUUUUAGUGCAUAGGAAAUGCCAGAAGUACACGAAGGUGUAUUUUGCUGAUCGAGGUGUUCGGACCGCUAGAGGAAAUGUCAGCAGCACGGUGAUCAUCAGAGGGAGACUACAUGCCAUUCAUCUCCGUAGGUCCAGCCACGUGCUUCCUCUUUGUAAGUAUUGCCAAGCUGCCAGCAAGCCAAGAGUCCCGUUGAGCGCGACGAGGAUCGCCUUGACAGGAAACCAGCGUCGCGCUUCAUGGAUGAAGCAUGUGCAGCGCUCCCUGCUCUUUUCUCUGGCAGUGACAACAAAAGCCUGUUGCCUGAUGUAAUAAGUGAACGUUAAUCAAUAAAAAAAAGACUCAGAUGAGACUGAAUAUGCCAAAAUAAUUACCCGCAAGACAGCUCAGACAUUUAUGAAGUAUAAUGUACAUUACUGAUCCCUAAGGAGGAAUGAAAUGCUGCUGAAAUGGUACCCUUUCGCAGAAAUAAACACGAUAAAAGGGAAGGUUGAGUGGUACACUAAUUUUUGAAUUUUAGAUCGCUGCACAUUGGCAAACGCAAAA